AUGGACACCAUCGUCUCCAAUUCCGCAUUACUAUUCAUACCACCACUCCCUCCAGUCCGUACAGUUACUUCAAACUCUUACUCGCCAACCACUUCUGCUCUCGCGCUCUCAUCGAAGAAGCUCUUCUCCGGCUUCUUCUACAGCUCUGGAAGUCAGAGAAGGCAACUGGGUCUUCGUAAUUCUUCUUCUUCUGCUCGUACGGUUCCUAAGUUUACAGUUGCUUCCGGUGGUGGUAUUCAGCAAAUUAACGAAACCCAGUUCCAGGAUACCGUUCUGAACUCGGACCGUCCGGUUCUCGUCGAGUUCGUCGCCAAUUGGUGUGGUCCUUGCCGCUUAAUCUCUCCUGCUAUGGAAUGGGUCGCUCAGGAAUACAGAGACAGGUUAACAGUUGUUAAGAUUGAUCAUGAUGCAAACCCAAAACUGAUUGAAGAGUACAAAGUUUAUGGGUUGCCAGCUUUGAUUCUCUUUACGAAUGGACAGGAAGUUCCAGAAAGUAGGAGAGAAGGAGCAAUUACAAAAGUGAAGCUGAAAGAGUAUGUGGAUGCUUAUUGGAGUCAGUAUCAGUUGCAUAGUUACACUUCCAUUUGGAUAAGCAGAGGUGCCAAUUCCAUCAGCUUCAACUUGUGUUGUAUUAUACUUGGCAUUCAAUUGUAUAAUUUGAGCUGUAAAUUUCCGAAAAUUAUCAUUAGACUAGCUCUGUUGAUUUACUCCUCAUCUGGACUGGAGUAUGCUUCAUGGAGCACAUAA